AAACAGGAAGAGCAGUAAACAGACGAGCAAAACGAGCGAGGAUAUAGAGAGAGGAGAGAGCGAUCCGUUGCCGCGAAGCGAAGAGGAAGAAGAAGAAGAAGAAAGAAGAAGAAGAGAGUCAAGAUGAUGUCAGGGAAUUAUACAAGCCUUGACAACCAAAAGGUUUCAGGAUCUGUACCUGCUGUUCCAGAUCCAGGCCAUGUCACCGUCCAGUUUGCAGAUUCAAAUCUACAGACAUUUCCUCCAUCUGACGCUCGUGGGAAGAUCUCUGGUAGUUCUCGCCCUCCUCGAGAUGCUGAUGAUACAUUUUCUAAGGCUUCAGAUGCUUCUUGUGAUGGAACACAGCCAAGUGGUUGGCUUCAGAGAUUCACCAUUGGUGCGUACAAGCCGUACUUUGAUGUUGAUACUUCAGAUGUUUUAGAGAGGAUUAAAGAAUCACUCUUUCCAUUCAAAGGAAGUUUUACUGAGAAGAUAGCAGACAACCCAGAUCUGUAUGGACCUUUUUGGAUAUGCACUACACUAAUAUUUGUGGCAGCUGCCAUUGGCACUUUUGUGACAUACAUAGCACACAAGCUGAAUAAAAAAGACUGGGCCUAUGACAUAAAUCUGGUUACUUGGUCUGCGGGUGUGUUCUAUGGCUAUGUCACUAUUGUUCCGCUUGGUUUGUAUGUAAUUCUCAAAUAUUUCUCAGCACCGUCCGGCCUUGUCCAACUAUUUUGUCUUUAUGGCUACUCCCUAUUCAUCUUCAUUCCUGCUUUGUGUCUUUCUGUUGUCCCCUUGGAAAUCUUCAGAUGGGUAAUUGCUGGUGUAGCUGGGUUCAUGUCAGCAACUUUUGUUGCCCUUAAUCUCCGGGCCCAUAUCAAGUCAGCAGGUGAAAGAUGGUUCCUCAUCGUGGCUAGCAUCUUUCUUUUGCAGCUUGCUCUGUCCGUUGUAUUGAAAGAGUAUCUGUUCACUGUUACGGUAUGAGAAAAUAUGCUGUCUUUUCCUAAGGUGGCACGAACAGGUUUGUAUAUCACAAAAGGAGAGUUUUUCUUCUUCACCCCUUUCUCUUGGGUCAUAUAGUUAUUAUACUGUCACAAUCAUGGUGCUAAAUAUUAUUUUUCUAGUAAGAAAACCUCAUGUAUUCAUUCAGUUCUGGAAAUAAAAUUUCACGGGGGAGGAUUUUGUAGAAGAUUACAGAGGCAAAUAUGAGGGGGGGAAAGCCUCGUUUAUGGAGUCCUUUUUGUCUCUGCUCGAUCUAGUUCAUUAAUCAAGGACCGAGGACUCUAGAGCGAUUUUAGCGUUGUAGUCUGCUAAUUGGACUUCGAGUUUGUGUCAAGCGUAUAUUUGGAACAAAUUUAGAAGUCUUGUAUUUGGAACAAAUUCAGAAAUUUUGUACAAUUUAUUUACAAAUGUACAUUUAGUUUAAUUACUGAACAAGUGAAAAUUGAUUUUAUAUAGCUUUAUAUGAA